ACCACCGUUACAGUGAACUCUCCUCUCCCAUCUCACGGUUAUAUUCCUACGAAAGGGUCUAGGGUUUUAGCUCCUCGUCUCCGCCUCCGCUCGGCAAUGGCGCUCUCCUCCUCCACCGCGCUCCUUCGCCUCCUCCGAUCGUCUUCUUCCUCGAUCGCGCAGUUGAGGUGGCCGAUCUCCUCCGAUCGACGAAGCUUCUCCUUCCUCUCCGACGACGAUACGAGCACCAACAACCUCCCUCCCCUCACCACCCCGAAGCUAUUCGUCAGUGGACUUUCAAGGUUAACAACAGAUGAGAAGCUUAAAGAAGCAUUUUCUCCUUACGGCCAACUUCUUGAAGCAAAAGUAAUAACUGAUCGAGCCUCUGGAAGGUCGAAGGGGUUCGGUUUUGUGAGAUAUGCAACCAUUGAAGAGGCCGACAAGGCUCGGCAUGGGAUGAACGCGAAAUUUCUCGAUGGAUGGGUUAUUUUCGUUGAUCCAGCUAAACCCAGGGAGCAGAAACCGCCUCCCGCACCCCAAUCGGAGCCUCCUGAAUCUGGUUUCAGGACGAACAAAACUAUUGGAUGGUGUGGUUGAUUACAAAUGCAGCACGAAAAAAUGAAAAAAAGAAGGGGAGAAAUGGAGUUGUGAAUUAUCCGUUAUGGGGCAUGACAUUGACCGAAUUUGUAACUUGGGAAAAACAAUUUCAAACUCUUUUCACAAUAGAUUACUUGAAUGACUGCAUUGAUGUGUACCGUGGAGGUAUUUGAAAGUAUAGUUUCAAAUCAAAUUAAUGUGACUAUUAUGUAUUUUAUUUGAAUAAAGUGUGGGUUGAGUAAA